CCGAGGCCAGAGAAAAGCAGCCGCUUAUUCGCUUCAUCAGCUUCGCUCAACAAAAGAAGGUAGACACAAAAUCUUCAAUUACUCUUUUUCUCCUUCAAAUUCAAUUUUUUUGUUUGGUUUCUGUCUAGAAAGUCAUAAACUUAACUACAAAUUUUCAUUACAAACGCAGAAAAAUGAUUAGAAAAGCACUUCACAGUCCUCGACCCAACUCUUAUUUCAAGCUAUUCUCUUCAUAUUCUUCUUCUUCUCCUUUGGAUUUGGAAAUCCAAUUACGCUCUCUAUGUGAAAAACCCAAUUCCCAAUUUUCCGAGGCGUUUUCGCUUUUUAACCGUGCCAUUGAAUCCGAAAGGUUCGUUUCUGCUUCGACCUGCAAUUUCCUUGUUCACGCACUUACAAGGUCUCGGAACUAUGAUUUAUCUUUUUCUGUUUAUGAAAAAAUGACCCAUCUUCGUAUUUUUCCCAAUUUUAUAUCGUUGAGUUGUUUAAUUGCUUGUUUUGUUGAUGCCCGCAAGCCAAAAUUUGCGCUGGGGGUUUUGGGGUUGGUUUUGAAGCGUGGUUAUAAGGCUAAUGCGCUUGUUAGGAAUCUUGUGUUGAAGGGUUUUUGUCGAAAUGGUGAAGUUGAAAUGGCAAGGGAGUUUUUUGAUGUAAUGCGCAGUUACUAUAGUUUGCCACCGGACGUUGCGAGUUAUAACUUGAUUAUAAAUGGCCUUUGCAAGGUUAAAAAGUUGAAGGAAGCAUUGGAAUUGUUAGUUCAGAUGGAGGUUUCGGGUUGUCCCCCGAAUUUGGUGACCUACACCAUCUUGAUGGAUGGUUUUGUUAGAGAUGGUCGAGCGGACGAGGCGUUCGAUUUGUUGAAGGAGAUGAUAGAAUUUGAUUUGGAAGCUGACGUUGUCGCAUAUACUACGCUUAUAAGUGGUUUUUGCAAUGAAGGGAAUUUCGAUAGAGGAUACAAGCUCUUUGAUGAGAUGCUUCGAAAGGGGAUUGCUCCUAAUGUAGUUACCUAUAGUGGUUUAAUUCACCAGCUUUGUAAAAUGGGGAAAUUGAUAGAAGCCACCGAGAUGUUGAACGAAAUGACGCGACGUGGAGUUAAGCCUGAUGUUGUAACUUACACCAGUUUACUUGAUGGGCUUUUCAAGGGCGAAAAGGCUGCAAAAGCCAAGGAGAUUUUCGAUGUGAUUCUAGAGAGUGGUGAAGAGCCUACUACUGUUACUUGCAAUGUUAUGAUUAAUGGAUUGUGCAAGGAAGGGCUGAUAGGCGAUGCUUUUAAAAUUGUGGAAAUGAUGGUGGAGAAAGGGUUGAAGCCUGAUGUGGUUACUUACAACACGUUACUCAUGGGACUUUGUUUGGAUGAGAGGGUUGAUGAGGCAAUAAAACUUUUUGGUUCUAUAUCAAAGGAUGAAAACUCUGUUGCGUUGGACGUCAUCACAUUUAACAUGAUAAUAAUGGGUCUGUGCAAGGAAGGCCGGGUGAAUGAGGCCGUGGAAAUCUAUGAUAUGAUGGUUAGAAGGGGUUUAGUAGGUAACCUGGUAACCUAUAAUACUUUGAUCGGGGCUUCUUUACAAAUGGGAAUGAUGAACAAAGCAAUGGAAUUCAGAAAACACAUGCUGGAUAUUGGACUAGUUCCAAAUGCGGUUACAUAUAGUGUUAUGAUUAAUGGAUUUUGCAUGAUGCGUUUUCUCAGUAUUGCCAAAGGACUUGUUUGUAAGAUGAGAGCUUCUGGGAUCAUUCCUAGUGCUAUUGACUACAACACAAUAAUGGCAUCCUUAUGUAUUGAAGGCAGUUUGGAGCAAGCUAGGAAGUUGCUUCAGGAAAUGAGGAACUCAAAUCAGGGACCCAACAUUGUCUCUUAUAAUACGCUGAUCGAUGCUACUCUUAGAGAAGGGGAUAUCAGUUCUGGCAGAGAAUUGGUUAUGGAAAUGCUGAAUUCGGGAUUAGAACCGGAUACUUUCACCUAUUCCACAAUAAUAAACAGAUUUUCAAAACUUGGGCUUUUGGAUGAUGCUAAGAGGGUUCUUGAGAAGAUGGUUUCUUCUGGUUUAAAGCCUGAUGCCUUUGUGUAUGAUUCUUUGUUAAAAGGUUACUAUUCAAAGGGUGAAACAAAAGAAAUCAUCGAUCUGUUUCAUCAAAUUGCUAAUAAGGGUGGUGUUGCUCUAGACCAAGUACUUACUAAUACUAUCUUGAUGUGCAUUUGUCACUGCUCUGAAGACGUUGAUGUCAUGGAGAUUCUCCCAACUUUUUCGCAAGAAGCAUCAAAAGGAAAAAACAUUUUAAGCAAUGAGCUGUUGGCAAAACUCGAUAAAUCUUUCCCAAGACUCGGCUUAUGUGCUGGAUGAAGCUUCUUUCUUCUCAGGAAGACUUUUCUAAUGAUAUACCGAUUGUCUUCAUCACUAUCUCAAGUAGAUGUUUAACACUCACCCACCGAAUUCUACAUUUGGAGGCUCUCACAAAUUAGAGAUCUACCGUCAAGGUCAUUCGGAGUACCUUGUAGAAUCGAUAAACAUCGCACGGAAGUUGAGGGUGGCUUUGGAUGCUAUAGAAAAUUCUUGACUUAGCUCUUGCAAGCAGCUUCUUGAACAUGUAAUGAUUUGCAUAUUCGGGUUUGAUCACAAAUCUCAGUUGCUGGAGUCCAACAAUAGUGAUCGAUAGGCAACCUGCGGAGGCUAUGGGGUAACAUAUUUUUGUGGUUUUUGAAGAUUUCUUUAUUGCCGGAGCAAUCAAAGCAGAGAAAACAAAAUGGUUGCUACUUGCUAGCGAGAUAAGAUGAAAUUAGCAAUUGUUUGUUCAUUAGUUAAUGGGAUACUAGGAAUUAUGUGGAUCAUCAGUUAGUGACUUUUGAAUCUUUGUUUAGGUUGCAUGCUAAAAGGUAGCUUUCUUCCAUCUUGUAAGAGCACUUUAUUUAUCACUACAAAUAUUUAGCAUUAUAGAUAUAGAU